GAAGAUUGAAGCAAUUGUGUAGCAGCCGUGGAAGUGAGUUCCUUUGGUGAAGUGAUUCCAUCCCUUGGAGAGAGAUUCUCCUCCUAUCCUAAUCACAUGGUUGAUGGUUGCAAAAUCAGUGCGUGUUAGCUCGAGUCAACAUUCUGUAGCUCGAGCUAAAAUAGCCGACAGACAAAUUUUUUUGGAGACGAGCUGAUCAAAUUUGAACUGGUGAUUGAGCUUAACUUCGUGGCAUAAGAAAAAAAAAGGCUAAGGGAAGAAGGAGAAGAAACUUUUGGGAAAGGUACAAUGACUUGUUUCUAUGAGAAUAAUUCAAACUCCUUUCUUGAAGCAGAAGUGGCAAAAUUGAGACAUGAGUUGAAGCUACUAGUUGGAAAGAAAGAGGUAUGUGCUAUGUGUUCUAGCAGUAUGCAUACUAUUAAAGCGUGUCCACAUAAUCCCGUAUGGCAAGAGGUGACUGCAUCCCGAAUAUAUUCACAAAAUAGAGUUGGGUACUCUAACAUGUACAAUCUGGGUUGGAGAGAUCACCCAAAUUUUUCGUGGACACACCAGCUAGGACAGUCCUCAAUGAUUCCACAGUUUGAGCAACGAAUCGAGCCGAAGAAGCCUUGUCUUGAGGAUAUGUUUGCCCGAUUCAUACACGGUACUCAAGCUUCAAUUCAGAAAUUAUGUACACAAUUGGGACAGAUAGCUAAUGUGGUGAAUGAGAGGAGUCAAACCGAAGUUAAUCCAAGAGGUAUGGAGCAUGCAAAGGCAAUUAGAACUCUACGAAGCAGCAAGUCAUAUGGCAGAGAAGAUAAGGAUGUGAUUUUGGGGGAUGAGAGAGUUAAAGAUACAUCAGUUGUGCCUCCAUCAUCACAAGAGGAAACUGACCAAUUAAUUCCUCCUAGUGCACCACCGGUUGCCCCAUUGAAGGAGAGAGUUUACAUACCUCCUCUACCUUUUCCUCAACAAUUUCAGAAGCAAAAGAAAGACAGACACAUGCUGGAUAUCAUGGAAUUGUUCAAGAAAGUUCACAUCAACAUUCCUCUGUUGGAUGCAAUUAAACAAAUUCCAUCAUAUGCCAAGUUCCUCAAGGAUGUUUGCACUAAUAAAAGGAAGUUUGCGGAGCAUGAGAGGGUGAUGCUAAACGAAGAGCGCAGUGUUGUUCUACUUAAUAAAUUGCCACCAAAGUUGAAAGAUCCAGGGAGUUUUACAAUCCCUUGCGUUAUUGGCAAUUUAUGAUUUGAAAAAGUUUUGAUUGAUUUGGGUGCUAGUGUUAACUUAAUGCCUUUAUCUGUUUUUCAGCAACUAGGUGUUGGAGAGAUGCAACCAACGUCAAUAAGCUUACAACUCGCGGUUCGGUCCAUCAAAUUUGCACUUGGAAUUAUUGAAGACGUGUUGGUUAAAGUGGAUCAUUUUGUACUUCCGGCGGAUUUUAUUAUACUUGAUAUGGAAGAAUGCCGAGAAGUUCCCAUCAUCAUGGGUCGUCCAUUCUUGGCAACCGCUGGCACUAUUAUUGAUGUGAAGAAGGGUUUGUUAACAAUGAAUGUCCUAGGAGAGUUAGCGAAGUUUCGAGUAUUCGAGGACAUGAAGAGACAGGAGGAUAUGGAGGAGUGUAAUCAGCUGGACAUUAUUGAGAAGCCUGCACACACCAAUUUUAUUUCUCAAGUCAAUAAUGAUGAGAUAAAAACUAGCUUCGAGCAUCGAAAAUUGACUCAAGCUACCGUUGAUGAAGGAGUGGAUAUGGUAACUGUGUUAAACUCUGCUCAACCACUAAAAGGGAGGCAAAUUGCUGAACUUUUAGGGCCUCCAAGUCCACGAGCAGUACCAUCCAUACAACAAGCUCCUAAACUGCAACUUAAAUUGUUGCCCACUCAUGACAUGCCAAUUGGACCGAAAGAGUUCUCUCCGGGCCACAAAGUCCUUUUGAACAACUCUACGCUCAAGCUAUUUCCAUGGAAAUUACGUUCAAGAAGGCACGAUCCUUUUCAAGUUGCACAAUUCUACCCCAAUGAAGCUGUUGAUAGUCAAAACUUGGAGAGGGACAAAGAAUUUAAAGUUGACAUGCAUCGUCUAAAACCAUAUCUUGAAGUUGGCUAUGAUGCUGCCAAGUCCAUCACUUGAAUGAAUGCAUUGCUCUACGUCUUGCCUAGACGUUAAAUAAAGCGCUUCUUGGGAGGCAACUGAAGCUCUCUUUUUCAUUCUAUUUUUUUUCUUUACUUAGUGCUUAGAUAUAAAUCUUGAUAUUUCGAUUUUGUUUCCUGUAGGAUCUAUUGGACAGGGGUAAAAUUAGCUCGAGCUACGAAACUUUCACUUGAUGAUUCAUUGAGACAGCUGCAGAUUUAGCUCGAGCUAAACAUUUUUUCUUGGAGGACUUGAAUGGGAAGCUUGUCCAAAGACCGUCAAUAUCAGGUUGUAUCUUUUCCUUCCCUUCUUAUUGUGUGAUUGUGAUUUUGUUGUGAUCAAUUGCAUUGAGGACAAUGCACAAUUUAAGUGUGGGGGUGGGAUACAUCAUGAAAAUUUUCGAAAAACAAGAGAAACAAAAUAAAUUAUUGUCAUGUGUCAUCUCUUUUGCAAGUACAUGUGAAGUAAUUUUGUUUUUCUAUCACACAGAUGAAUUCAAGUUAAGAACACGCAUUCUUAUCUAGGUUUCUUUAAACUGAGUUUUGUUUCAUCUACUCUUUUUAGUUAACAAUUAUACUUGCACAUUAUACAUGUUUGUGGGAUAUGCCAUUUGAGAUUAAUCAUGAAUGUUACUGGUGUUUUAAGAGGAGUUGGAAUUUGUUGAGUUAGAUAACUGGGCAUGAAAAAAAAAAAAAA